UAGGAAUUGUUACAGAUUUCAAGAAAAAGACUGCUUCUGCAAACUAGAAAGAGAGAACCAUUGGCUCUCAUGAACCUGAAGAAGAAAAAUGAAGAGACUGGAGAACUGGAGGCUUCAUCUCGCUUAGCCCACUAUAAAACAAAAGCUACUAGGCAUAUAUUCCUCAUACGCCAUUCUCAGUACAAUAUGGAUGGGCAACAGGAUAAAGACAGAAUCUUAACCAAGCUGGGCCGUGAGCAAGCUGAGCUGACUGGGAAGAGGCUUGCAAGUUUGGGGCUGAAAUUUGAUAAAAUUGUCCACUCUUCAAUGGCCAGAGCAACAGAAACAACCAACAUUAUUAGCAAACAUCUUCCUGGGGUGACAAAGCUGAGCACGGAUCUCCUGCGAGAAGGGGCUCCAAUUGAACCGAAUCCUCCCAGUUCUCACUGGAAGCCUGAAGCUCAGUAUUACGAAGAUGGAGCUCGCAUUGAGGCUGCCUUCAGAAACUACAUUCACCGAGCUGAUAUCAAACAGGAAGAUGAUAGCUACGAAAUCUUCGUUUGUCAUGCUAACGUUAUUCGCUAUAUUGUCUGCAGAGCAUUGCAAUUUCCUCCUGAAGGUUGGCUUCGGAUAUCACUGAACAAUGGCAGCAUCACCCACUUGGUGAUCCGCCCUAAUGGCAGGGUGGCACUUCGCGUGCUUGGUGACACUGGGUUCAUGCCACCAGAGAAAAUCACCCGCAACUGAGUAAGCCUUUCUGGAGCUUCCCGUCAGCCCUGAGCCAAUGCAAAACAGUGGAAGAUUCUUGUUGUAUAGGAUACCAAGUUUCACUAGUACUUAACUAAUGCCUAUUUUCGCCCGUCCUUCUUUCAAGCUCAUGUAAACAGGAAGGGUCUUCAGCCAAAAGGACAAUGCUACACUCACCAUGUGGCCAACACUUUCCCUUAAAAGCUGCAGGCUCACUUGACUGGACUUUGGAUGUCUUGAACUAUUUAUUAUGUGUGGAUAUUUUGCACUAGUACAUCAUGAAGCGCAAUAUUGACAGUGAGAGAAUUGCUCUACACAGCUCAAGUGAGAGGACCUCCCCCUUCAUGGCUUCAAAACAAAAAUGCUGGUGGCCACUCACCAAAGGCUAUCAUAGAAUCGUUUCUUUCCUACUGUGGGGAAAAAGAUAGAAAUACUGCAGAGUCCAGUAAUACAUAUGGGGUAUUGAAAUCAAUAUAAAGUCAGAAUCAACAAAAUCCAGUAAUUUGGAAUGUGAGAGAGAUGAAAUCUUAAGGUACCACCUUUUCUUAUUAUGCAGCUCAGAUUUGCACGUAGGCAAGGAUUGGGACUGAAAAUAUACUUCAGGGUCUGCAGCUUAGAGAGAGGUUCUCACUAGCACCCAAAGCAGUGCCUGAAAAAAGCAAAUAGAAUUUUCUGUGCUCUUCUCCCUUCAAGCCCUAUUUACUUGCUCUUUUAUUUGAGCUUUUUGCUAUAAGCAUCCUAUUUCUAAAAAAAUCUAAAUAGGAAACUUUCCUAGGAUUCUCUACCAUUAAUAAUUGUUACAGGUUACCAUUUAUCAUUUGAUCCCAGUUCCCCUGGGGCAAAGGGCAUGUGGGAAUAUGCGUACUAAACAACAUCAGAUUAGAAGUGAGGGUGGGUCAUUCUGUUUCUUUAGCGUGCAGAGAUUAUCCUUCUAUACUUAAUUGUUAGAGUGAAAUAUACUAACUCUUUAUGGGGGAGGAAACAGUCUUUGGCCAGUAACUUCUAAACAAAUGCUUCUUGUGAAACUUGUUAUCUAGCUACUUGUGGGAUUGCAAAAAUGGAAUAGCAGGGUGUUGGGUUAUUCUGUGGUCCUAGAAGAUGCCAGUGAUCUAUGUCAAUCAGUGCAGAAAAUUAACUUAUUUCUAUUUGUCUUUGUAUAUCUGCAAAAAUAAAAAAAUGAAUUGAU